CAAAUCAGAAAGAUCGUUGUCGAUCCAAUUAAAUCUGCUCUACUCCCUAUAAAUACUUGGCGAAAGCCUUGAAUCCAAUUCAGCCAAAGACCAAAAUCCAAUCCCAAAUUCUACAAACAAAGAUCUCAUCGCCAAGAUCUCUUCAGAGCGACCCCAGAAAGGAACGGAUGUGCUUGGUGGCUGUGUGCGAUAAACAAGAGAAGGUGUUGCAGACACAGACAGCUCCCGGUGAGUGUCCGUAUUGUGGAGGAAAGGUGAAAGCCGUGGACGUUGAAAGCCAAUGGAGGCUGUGUUUACUGCCUCUUUGCUUUAAUCCCAAGAGGAAGUUCUUCUGCAACAUGUGCAACAGACGCUUGGUUAUCUACCAUGGGGAAGGUUGAAUUGAGGGAAACAUGAUCAGGUCGUUGACAGGACUGAAAUGCAUCUGCUGGUUUAGUUUUUGCUGGCUGAAGACAUUAAUAUGUGAAGUGAGUUCUUAUUGGGUAUCCCAAUUCAAGGCUCCAGAUUGUUGAAUCUGAUCAGAACCGAGAAGAGAUGAUAACCCAGAUGAUUUUUUCUUAAUUUCCGCCUCUUAUUCACUAUGUAUCAGUGAAGAGGAAGAAGAAGCUUUCUUUUGGUUGCUGCUGCUUUUCUUUAAGGAAUAGAUGGGUGCCGUUGAUGAGCUGCUUCAGUUUGCUACUUCCAUUCCAUCUCUUUCUUUCAGUCUCUGUGGAAUAGAGGGCUUUAAAUUGUUAUAUCUGCAUUUUAAUUCUUUCCAUCUUUCUCAUUACUCUUAACAAAGUCUGCACUGAAUCAAGGAGCAGCCAUUUGUGGAAAUCGUUUGAGGUUCGAGGGUAUAGAUAAAAUGGGUUCGUGAAACCCAUUUGACUUCUGCUUUUCUAAUCUCUUUCUCAGUAAAUCUUACCAAAAUAAUGCAUGAAAAUUAAGAUUUCAUAUGUUCCAUUUACUAA